UAUUUCAAAGUCUACUACAACAUCUUACAUUUGAUCCAUCAUUUUAGCAACUUAUAGUUAAUGGAUAGAGUAACCCAUUUGGCAUCUAAGAAAGCUGCAGUUAUCUUCACCAAGAGUUCAUGUUGCAUGUGCCAUAGUAUUAAAACACUAUUCUAUGAACUUGGUGCGAGUCCUGAAAUUCAUGAAGUUGAUCAUGAUGCUGACAUGGAGAGGGCUCUACAACGCCUAGGUUGUAAUCCGGCUAUCCCAGCAGUGUUUAUAGGUGGUAAAUAUGUAGGCUCGGCCCGUGAUGUCAUUUCUCUUCAUGUUGAUGGAUCACUGAAACAAAAGCUUAUUGAAGCAAAAGCUAUCUGGUUUUAAUUAGCUAGUAUAGUAUAUAUUAUCAGAAAAUAAAAGUAACUAGCUUUAAGCACAACAUCAUGUUAGAAUAACAUGACUGUAAGUGUCCUAAUAAGAGCUGAUGUUUUAUGCAUGCUCUCUUGACUGUACAUAAAGGAGUCACACUUGUUGAUUUUGACUUCCUGGGCUUCAAGAUA